AUGGAGUUGGCCAACGGAACUAUAGUUCAGGAAUUUGUUUUGCUGGGAUUUGAAGUUGGACAGCAGAAGCGGUACCUGCUCCUCACCUUCUUUGGUAUUCUGUAUGUGCUCACUUUGGCUGAGAACAUCACCAUUAUCACAGUGGUGUUUCUAGAUGCCCACCUGGCCCGGCUUCCCAUGUACAUCCUGCUGAGCAACUUCUCCUGGCUGGAGAUCUGUUACGUGAGCACCACCGUGCCUCGAAUGCUCUUCGACCUCGCUUCCCUUCGUGGAGUCAUCUCGUUCCAUGCCUGCUUUCUCCAAUUUUACAUCUUCUUCUCUCUUGGCACGACAGAAUGCUUCUUCCUCUCGUCCAUGGCCUUGGAUCGGUACUUGGCCAUCUGCCACCCCCUGCGCUAUCCACAAAUUAUGUCUCCCAAUUCUUGUUAUAUCCUGGUAACUGCUUGUUGGCUCCUUGGAUUCUUGGCGUAUGUUAUCCCAGUGAUUUUGAUCUCCAAGAUGUCCUUCUGUGGCCCCAAUGUUAUUGACCAUUUUUUGUGUGAUCCUGGGCCAAUUCUGUCCUUGGCUUGUCCCCCGCUAGCAACUGCUCCUAUUAUCAUUCAGACUGUCAUGAAUGCUGUCAUUUGUCUAGGCGAUAUGUUCUUCGUUGUGCUAUCCUACGGGGCUGUGAUUCUCACCCUGAUGAAAACCUCUCGUCAAGGCAAUCAGAUGAAGUCUUUCUCCACCAUAUCUUUCCACUUAGUGGUGGUGGCCCUUUUCUAUGGCCCAGUGGCAGGGUCUUAUGUAGUCCCUGUUGGAGAAAGUGAAACCAAGGUCAUUAAAGUCAUAACACUCUUCUAUACUGCCGUGACACCAUUUCUCAACCCCAUGAUCUAUUGUCUGAGAAAUGAUCAGGUGAAAGAUGCACUGGGCAGGUUGUGGAGGAGAAAGGCAGUAUUUCUGAAGAAGAGAAUGACAGUGUAA